AUGAAUUACACAACACGUCAUCCCGUGGGUCGACGUCUGGUCCGGAGGGCCCGCUCUUUCAAACAGGACUUCAUUGAGAAACUGAAUCAAAUCCGAAGUCCGUCGGCAACCCGGUCUCAAUCGCCGCACAAUCCAUACGGCCAUCACAAACACCAUAAGAAUAGGGGCUCCAAAGGGGAUCCCAAAGCGCCACCACCUCAUGGCUAUCAUACUUUCGACAGCAAAAAGUCACAGAAAACCGUUAAAAAAGAGAAAGACAUCAACAGUGCCAACAAGUUUGUCAAACAGUUAUCACUAGCGCUCCGAUACUUCCAGGAUGUGGUCGAAAAGGACAAAUUGGAGCAGUUGUCCGGUUCGGUGACCAUUAUCUUAGAAAUUGUUUUAACCGGAUAUUCAGAACUUAAGGCAUAUCUCAUUAAUAAUGAACAGAGUUCGCAAAUCGUUUCGGCGACAAAUCAGGUCUACCAGUGUUUGGCUGAACUGAUUCGCUGGUCGGACGCCGUUUUGCUCAAAAGCGAUCAAUCAUUGGACAAGCAGUCGGUCGCAGAUAUCGCUAAGAAUGUCGGCGAAGCCGUCAAUAGUCUCGUCCAGUUAUGUAUCGAUCGCUACAAUAAUCGCGAGACAACCGCCAAGAGUAGCGAUGACUCGAGCGGCACAUCCACGCUCUCCACCCAAACGUUGGGCCGUCUGUCCAAAAAGCCGGACCCCAUAUCAUUGGCACUGAAGGGCUCACUAUUGAACGCAUCGUCGCACAGGUCUUCGUUACCAGAGAUACCACUGUCUCCUCGAGAGAAAGAGAUUCUCGAGACUACAAACUUUCCGAUCCCACCGCCCGUCCCCUAUCGCACAGCACACGCCGACCGUCUCAAUCAUUCUCUCUCAUCAGAUGAUGUCCUCAACAACUCAUCUAAUGAUGUCUUUGACGGACCGAUGAAGGCUCCGCCAAAGCCACCCCUUCCUGUUAUCGACGGGCGGCCUCUCUCAGUGUCCGAUAUACUAGAGUUUGGCGAAGAAGAGGGCGUUCCGCCGCCUCUUCCUCCCAAACGGUUUCCCCGACCCGAGAAAGUCCUGUAUUCGCAGACAUCGUUUGAUUGGUCCCAAACGUGUCAGUCAUCCAAUUGCACGUCAAACUGCAAUAGUGUUGACUCGUGUCUCAACUACUCGGGUCUCAGCCAUCUGUCAGCUGACGAUCUCCUGUCGAUAUCCAGAAGUGACGCCAACUCUGAUUAUCGACGCUUUCGGUCGCAACUUAACUCAUAUAACACCACCUCUUCUGAAGAGAAUAAGAGCACGAAUUCAUUUAAUUUCAGUCAUCGCUAUGAAUACAAGAGUUCUGUCACACAAACCAAGACUCAAACCAUUCAUUCGGUGAACAAUGAAUCCAAAGACAGUCUCACGUUUUCGUUGAGU